CCCAUUAAACUACAGACCGCAGCUUCGCCUUCUCUGCCCCCCACCCUCUUCCCUCUGUCUCUGUGAUCCGUGAUCGUCGUUCUCCCGUCGAGACGAGAUCUAAGUGCGUCGGUGAUCGCAAAAAAUGUCUGCUUGCAACUGCCAGCAGGCGAUGCUGUUGUAUUGUGGAGUUCAUGGCAUGACGGUGUGUGGGCAGUGUGUCCGUCUUCAUCAAAACUGCACAUUUCUGCAGGCUGAAGAUCCGACAGGAAUACCAUUGUUUUCUGAGGAUGGCAGUUCCAAGCCAAUUGUCCUUUCUGAGUUGGCGUUCUUGAGCCCUUUAAGAGUCCUAUACCCAUCAAAGAAUCACAUUUGUCGUUCUAUUCCCAGCUCUAUGGAAGGGAAUGAAAGCGAUCAGAUUGUUACUCCUAAGUGCAGCUCUGAAUCUUGCAAUAUCCCAAAGAUAACUGAUGGUGGCAUGCUUACUAAAGUUUUAACAAGAGCAAAUUCUUUACCGGUUGGAGGGAGAAGUAUUCAACUUCUAACAGAUAGUGGGAUGAUGUUGCUGAAUUGCACCUCUAAAGGAUUUAAACUAGAAAGAUGCAGUUCUCUACUUCCAUGGUGCUCUUCCACACAACCGAUAAUUCCUCUAUAUUCAACAAAUGGCAGCUCUAAGUCUGUGUCCUAUGACACUGGAAAGGAUAAAUGGCGGACAUAUAAGUUCUACGCUCAGCAUGAUCCAAGGAAAAUAUUUUUAUUUUUUGCAACACUGUCUAGCUUAGGGACGAUGUUGCUGAUUUACCUGACUCUUACUGUAAAUAAGAUCAGUGAAGGCCUCUCUCGUUUCUAAGAGUGGCCAUGUCUACUGUUUGAAUGCUUUUGUUCAAAUUUCUUUGUAUAUUGUUGUAGAUUUGCCCAAGGCCCGUAAACGCAAUUGCAUAUCUGGAAAUUUAAGGCA